AUGCCGCGCGAGCGCGUCCGCGACGUCACCGCCGUCGACGUCGACCUCGCGCGCGCGCCGCGCGACGUCCUGACGCGCCUCGCCGACGAAUUGCGACCGCGACUCGACGCCGCCGCGCGCGCCGCGCGCGACGCCUCGCGCGUGUUCUCGCGCGAGCGCGCGCUCCUGGACGCGCUGCGAAGGAAAUCGCGCGCGCAGCACCGGGCGUCGAAGCAUCACGGCGCGCUGACGCGCGCGUGCGCGCGCGGGAGGACGUACGACGCGCAGGAGGCGGUGGCGAAGCUCGAGGCGUUGGCGCGAGACGUCGACGCGUGCGCGCGCGACUCGCGGUUGGCGUACGGAAACGAUGCGCUCGUCGUGCCGGCGCGCGCGCGCGCGGACGAGGCGAUGCGAGCGGCGUGCGCGGCGUGCGCGGUCCUGAGCGAGCUGCAGGGAGCGGGAGAGGAUUGCGUGGAGGCGUUCGCGGGGCAGCUCGGUCGCGGGUACUUCAUGGCGCUGAGCGCGACGGCGACGGCGUGCGCGAGUCGGGUGCGGUGCGAGAGCGCGCGGGUGUUGCGGGCGCUCGUCGGCGCGUAUAACGUCGUGGUGGACGUUCGGGAACACUUACCGCCGCCGGGAAGGUACGACGCGGCGUUCGGGCGACGGCCGCCGGCGGAGUUGCGCGUGGCGACGGCGGCGGACGGCGGCGUGCGCGCGACGCCCGUGGGCGACGACGAGGUGCGCGCGGACGAGGAAUUGGACGUGUUUUGGGCGUCGGCCGUAUCGAACGCGCGAGAGGGCGCAGAACUGAGCGCAGAUGUGAACGUGGAGGCGGACGACGAGCUGAGCGAGCUCGGCGUUCGCGUCGAUCGCGACGACGUCGCCGAACGCGACGUCAUCAGGGUGGCGAAGCAGUCGCAAGUGCCUCAGGCUAAGGCGCGAAAAUACGAGCGCACUGUGAGUGUGGCGUCGCCAUUCGGCGCGCUCACCGCCGCUCCCGCUGUUUUAAACCCAUUCGCGCCGAAAAAACGUCGAAGAAAGAAGAAGGGCGGCGGCGAGGAGCCGCCGACGGCGGGGAAAAAGAAGAAACCGAAGCGGAGCGACGCGCCAAAAACUGCCGCAGACGCGUUCGAGCGAUUGCGUCAAAUAAGCUCGUACGGAGGCGGGCCCGACUAG